CCACAGCUGCAGAACCUUGGCCUGAAAAUGCUGCAUUGUAUCAGCAACUGAAGGAGGAGCAAAUUUUGCUUUCUGACAAUGCAUCUUCUCUUGCUGUUCAGAUGGGGAUGAGACAACCAUCCUGGUGCUGUUUUGUGGGGAAUGGAGCUGAACGGAGCAGAGGAAAAUAGGAAAGGAGGACUGCUGUUGACAAGCAGCUGAGUAGCUGUUUUUUGUUUUUUGCAAUGAUGGGAGCAAAUGUGUGAACAUAUUUUUAUCCCUGAGGUAGGACUGUUGCCAUAUAAGAGCUGGGCUCCCUAGAAACAGCAAUCACCUCGUAUCUCUGCACAGCAGAAGGGAACCAGGCCUUUUUGCAAAUGUGCAAUCUGCCAGUCCAGGUGGUUUGUAGAGCAAAUGCAGAAUAUAUGUCCCCAUCUGGCAAAGUACCCUUUAUUCGUGUAGGAAAUCAAGUAGUAUCUGAACUUGGCCCCAUAGUCCAGUUUGUAAAAGCCAAGGGCCAUUCACUCAGUGAUGGGUUGGAUGAAGUCCAAAAAGCUGAGAUGAAAGCCUACAUAGAAUUAGUCAAUAAUAUGCUAUUGACAGCAGAGUUGUAUCUUCAGUGGUGUGAUGAUACUACAGUACAGGAGAUUACUCAUCCAAGGUAUGGAUCCCCUUAUCCUUGGCCUCUCAAUCGCAUUUUGGCCUAUCAGAAACAAUGGGAGAUCAGACGUAAGAUGAAAGCUAUUGGAUGGGCUGGCAAGUCACUUGAACAGGUGUUGGAAGAUGUAGAUCAGUGUUGUCAAGCUCUCUCUCAAAGACUGGGAACACAAUCAUAUUUCUUCAAUAAGCAGCCAACUGAGUUAGAUGCUUUGGUAUUUGGACAUCUGUUCACAAUUCUUACUACUCAGCUGACCAGUGAUGAACUCUCUGAAAAAGUGAAAAACUACAGCAACCUCGUGGCCUUUUGCAGGAGAAUAGAGCAACGCUAUUUUGAGGAUCAUGAUAAAGACAGCUCUGCAAGUGCUGCAUCCAAAUCCUCAAAGGAUUAUCUACCGAGUUAAAUGCUUCAUUUUGUGGUGGGGAGGCCCAGUUUCUGAAACAAAUUUUGAUUUAAGUGUUUAACAGAUGAUGAUGGCUUUGAAAAUGCAAAAGUGUGUAAUAAAACCUCUUGGAAGCUGCUAAAACAUUCUGGAGCACGGGAAGUUCAAACUGCAUUUUGUGUGUUAUAGAAUUCACUGUAUACAUUUAACAUGAAAUGAUUUUUGAGGUAUUGCCAUUUAAAUGCCAUAUAGGCUAUUAAAUAUUAAACUAAAGUGACCUUGGAACAAUAUUCUAUCUGUAUUAAAAAUAAAAAUAAAUGAAAAACUA